AUGGGGAGAUACGUUAAGAGACACAUUUAUGGGGAAGGUGUUGCCGAUGUUUUCAAAACGAUUGGUAGAAAGUUGUUCGGAAAGACGAUGAAAGAAGCUGUUAAAACAGCAACCAAAAAGGCCGUUCAGAAAGCCGCUACCAAGACUGGUGAAUAUGCUGGCGAAAAAGCGGGCGAUAAAAUUAUUCAGUUAUUAAGCAAAAUGAAUAAAACACCAGUAGCGCCAUCUCCGAUAAAAAAUCCACAAACAAGUGAGCUGAGCGAUUACGUGAUUAGGUAAAUCAAUUAUUAUCUGGGGGAAGAAUGAGAAAAUUUAUCUAAUCUAUUGAUAUAUGAAAUCAUUUAGGAAUCCAAAAUAUGUUGAACGAUAUGAAGAUGUUAUUUUUGGCCUAGAAACAGCACUAAAUUAAAUACAACUGUCGCCAGUAAUGCAAACCAGAAAAAUGAUGGCUACAGGUUUGUUGUUGAUAACAGCGGAGAGGUUACACCAUUCGACUGGUAUAAUGCUCGAAUCAGUAUGGACUUCAAAGUAAACUUGCUGGCUAAUGUAGCUAAUAUUGCAGUAAACGAUCAUAAUGGAAUUGUGAAUGGGUCUUACUCAUUCUUGAAACAUUUUGAUAUUAAGCUCAAUGGCAAAAAAGUGUACGAUUGUAAUGAUGCAAAUCACGCCGUUAAUAUUAAAAAUUUACUUGACUACAGUCUGGCUUACGCUGAAAUAACUGCUAGUAAUGAGUUUUUCUUCCUUGAUACAUCCAGAAAUGCGGGAGAGCGGGAAUUUGAAGUUAGUGGUACAAAACAGUUAGCCAAAAGGCGAGCAGCUUACAAUAAAGGUUUUGCCCUUCGAAAAGCACUCCUGGGUACCUCAUCCACAGUAAACACUGAAAUACCUCUGAACCGAUACUCAUUCUUUGAAAUGUUAGGAGAUGAGCUGUUACCCAAUUCAAGGGUUGAGAUGAAUUUUGAAAUUGAGUCAGGUGGUAAUCUAAUUUGGCAAGCCGGGGCUGAUUGCAGAGUGGCUAUCCCCAGGAUGCAGUCGUAUGUUCCGCGGAUAACUUUUAACAGUAAGGGCCAAUCAUCCUACAUGAGCCAAUAUCUUAAAAAUCAUGCGUGGUCAGAAGUAAAUACAAAAACACCCAGCUUGCUACACGAAAUUGCAAAUGAAGUUAUUUGGAAUAACAAGCUUCUCUGCAUUAAUAAGAAAUCUGUGUAUCGUAGAGAUAUUGCAGAUUUAGGGUUUUUAAAAAUUUGCGAUUUAUUUUCAACUAAAGAAAAUCUCAAUCCUGAGCAAGGUUUCUUCAUUAUGGGUAUUAUUAACUCUAUGCCUGCCAGUUGGCGCUUGACAAUUAAAAGGGCAACUACUGCACCGGUGAUUGAUCCACUUCCGGAUUCACCUGCUAUCCUAAUAAGUAACAAUUUGGUUCCAAUUCUUGAUGCUUCCUCAAAGCAAAUCUACCGGCUUUUCCUGGAGAAAAAACAAACAACGCCUACUGCUAAAGUAAAGUUAGCUGCAAAGAAUUCUAUCAUUGAUAUUGAUUGGAAAAGUGUUUAUUCGCUAUCUUUUCGCACAACAUUAGAAUCUAAACUUAGAGAAUUUCAGUUUAAAAUUUUAAACCGUAUUGUCUUUACAAACGAAAAACUGUUUCGUUUCGGCAUGGCUGAGUCGCCAUCCUGUGCUUUCUGCCAAACAGAGGUUGAAUCCGUAGAGCAUUUACUCUUUUCCUGUAGAGUAUCAUCUAGUUUUUGGAAACAUGUCUUGUCCUGGUUGCGCGAUAAUAACAUCUCUGUUGAUAACCUUAAAGAAGAGGACGUCAUUUUUGGUAAGUUCGAUACUGCAGAAGAUUUUCUCCUGUUUAACCAUAUCUUGCUUCUGGGUAAGUUUUAUAUUUACUCUCGGAAAUACCAGAAUGGUAUACCUUCUCUUCAAGGUUUUAUAGCCGGGACAAGGCGUAUUUACAACAUCGAACUCCAUAUUGCCAGGAAACGAGACAAAUUAAACAAUCAUUUUAGAAAGUGGGAAAAGUUAAUAAGCGUUUUUAUGAAUAAGUGAUGUUAUGAUUAAUUUCAAUAAUUAGUUUAAAGUGAUGUCAUUGUAAUUUACAUACUAAGUAACUGUAUUGCUGCAAUAGCUUUGUUUAGCUUUGUAUUCUUUUGUUUGUAUGUGCAUGUGUGUGUGUGUGUGUGUGUUUCUCUUUCUUAAUUUCUAUUUUGUGUGUAAACGUAAGAAAUGCUUUAAUUAAAAAAUAUUAAAAAAAACAACAACAAAAAAUUAAAAAUCAUAAGUGGACUUCUUUAAGAGAGAAUAUAGAAAGAUCAAACAGUAGCCGCCAGAGAGCUGGGCAUUUCAGAAUAUCAACUGGUAUCUCAAAACCCAGACAUGUCUUUGUGUUUAUAAUAAAUGAUGCAAAUAUCGAUGCCCAGACAGCCAAUCCAUUCUUGUACGACACAUUCUCUGUCACAACGGACCCAAGGACCUUAUCCAAUUGUCAUCUGGAAGCUGGAAACGGUAACGAAUACCCCGAGAUACAUUACACACUAACUACUGAUAUGACCCGUGUUUACAGGGAUGUGUUGAAGUAUGUUCACAAAAAUAAUGAAUACGGUGAAGGGUCAUUACUCAAUAAAUCUAAUUUUAGUACCCUGUUUCCUUUCUUAUAUUUUGACUUAACAAAACAGAAAAUAGAUAUUAAGGACGGCACCACAAAACUGACAUUCAAAUAUGAGCUAUCUGGAACAACGGCAACAGCCUAG